AUGGAGUGGGUUCUUCUCUUGUCAGUUGUCUCAGUUCUCUGGGGUAGAUUAUACGCAGAUGACGCCUGUAUCAGACCGGGUCCUCGGCACAAACUUCUGCUCCUCUGGGAGUGUUGUACUUUCCCGCGUGACGUCAUUCCAGAUGGAGCUGUUUAUAAAAUAAAGAAAUGCUUCACAAAUCACCACCAACAUGAAGGAUUGGAACUUGAGGAUCAAAAGGAUGACCAUUUGUGCUCCGCGGAGUGUGGCUUUGCUCAAAACAACUUGCUGGAUUCCAACAAGGAACUCAAUAGAUCUGCCAUCUUAGGUCUGUUUUCAACAACAGGAAUCAGUGAUCUACAACCAGUCCUGCUCUCCAGUGUUAACAGAUGUUUCUCAUCUUACACCAGAGACGUCGAUCCAAGCAAAAAGUGCAAGAGUGGCUCCUGGGAGUUCCUGCAGUGUUUUAUGCGAGAAACAUUCCUCAAGUGUCCUGCGAGUUUGUGGGUGACCAACUCUUACUGUGAUAACAUGAAGGUUCGGGUCAUCAGAUGUCCUUCACAGCCGAUGGUGCUGAUGCCUCCACCGAGAGAGUAAAUAAUUGUUCUAAUUUUUCUUCGUGUAUGACGUAGAAACAAGUACUUUGAAUUUCACGUGAAUAAAUAAACUAAUGUAUUCUGAUGUAAUGAUAUAAUAAUAUGUGAUAACUUUACAGUUUUAUAAGUUUUUAACACAAUUAAUUACAAACAUCAUUUACAAGAAAAGUUUCCAAAAGUGGAAGAAAAUUGAAGGAGAUUCUUAAUGGUUGUGCUUAAAUGUUAUACCCA